AUGGCAUCCUCCUCACCCACACCUAACCCCACCCCAACAGCGAUCUUCUGGGAACUAAUCGACCCCCUCCUCUUCCUCUGGCAAUCGGCAACCCACAUCCCACUCACCAUCCUCUCCCUCCUCCUCCGCCUCUCGGUGCGUACGCUCCUAUCCCCGGUCCUCUUCAAGGACGCCUGGUUCGCGCGCUUCUGGGCCGAGGUCGGCCCCGAGACGCGCGCCAACGCCCUCCCGCGCGCGGGUCCGCUCGUCGCAUCCGCGUUCGGCAUCGUGCUGGAUGUUGGGCCUGGGAGUGGGGAGUGGGUCAGCAUGUUUGAGAGGGGGAAGGUGAGUCGGGUGUAUGGGGUUGAGCCGAAUCGGGAGCUGCAUGCGAGGUUGAGGGAGAGGGUUAGGGAGGCGGGUUUGGAGGACGUGUAUGUUAUUGUGGGGGUUGGAAUCGAAGAGUUGGGUGAGAAAUGGGUUGGGUUUGGGGAAGUCGAUACGAUUGUCACGAUCCAGUGUCUUUGCAGCGUACCUGACCCGAGAAAGACGAUUGGGGAGUUGUAUGGGUACCUUAAGGACGGAGGUCGCUGGGUGGUCUAUGAGCAUGUGGUUGCUUUUGAGCAUCAAGGCUGGUUUGUCAAGAAGUGGCAAGCUACAAUUGAUCUCCUCUGGCCGCAUUUCAUAGGCGGAUGUUCUAUCACGAGAGAUACGUCUACCUGGCUGAAGAAAGCUGGUCCUUGGACGAAGGUCGACUUGAAGCAGCCAGAGGACGAGGCUUUUUGCCAUGUUAUUCCUCAUAUUAUGGGUUCUCUCACUAAGUGA